AUGAACGAGGCGGAAGAUGCAGCACCUGUGGUGGCAAGUACGAUCCUAGUAUCUAGACAGCUUGCGUUUACUUUAUUUGAUUCUAGAGUAACACAUUCUUCUGUAUCCUCUAGAUUUGCUAGAAAAAUUAGUGGUAAGCCUGUUAAGUUAGAGUCGGAGUUUUAUGUGGCCACCCCUUCCAGGGAGGUGUUGAAUUGCAAAGAGAUGCUAAAAGGUUAUGCGAUAACUAUAACGGGCAGGGAACUUGGAGCGGACUUCAUGGAUAUGUACAAUUUUGAUGUUAUACAAGGAAUGGAUUGGAAAAAAAGGUGUGUGGGCUUCCUAGCCAGUGUGUUCGAGGCCAAGAAAGAAGGGAGUCAGAUGCAGGAUAUUCCAGUUGUUAAGGACUAUGCAGAUGUGCUCCUGGAGGACAUAUAA